ACGUGGCAGGGGGCCGACCGGGCGUGCGUGCCGCCGUUGAUCCGGUGCUGCAGUGAGGAGGUGGUUCUCGCCCGUGUUGUGUGUGUGUGCGUGUGUGGGUGGGUGUGUGUGUGUGUGAGUGAGUGAGAGAGCGAGUGAGUGAGUGAGUGUGUGUGUGGGGGCACUUGGCUUGUUGUUGUCGGUGACUUCCCCUCCCCUCCACCCUUCCCCCUUCCCGCCGCCGCCGCUGCAGUGGCCGCUCCCUGGGCCGUAGGAAAUGAGCGAUAACGAUGACAUCGAGGUGGAGAGCGACGAAGAGCAACCGAGGUUUCAAUCUGCGGCUGACAAACGGGCUCAUCACAAUGCACUGGAACGGAAACGCAGGGACCACAUCAAAGACAGCUUCCACAGUUUGCGGGACUCGGUCCCGUCACUCCAAGGAGAGAAGGCGAGCCGGGCCCAAAUCCUAGACAAAGCCACAGAGUAUAUCCAGUACAUGCGAAGGAAAAACCACACACACCAGCAAGACAUCGACGACCUCAAGCGCCAGAACGCUCUUCUGGAGCAGCAAGUCCGUGCACUGGAGAAGGCGAGGUCGAGUGCCCAACUGCAGACCAACUACCCCUCCUCAGACAGCAGCCUCUACACCAACGCCAAGGGCAGCGCCAUCUCUGCCUUCGAUGGCGGCUCGGACUCCAGCUCCGAGUCGGAACCGGAAGAGCCCCAAAACAGGAAGAAGCUCCGAGUGGAGGCCAGCUAAGCUGCGUGGGGCAGGCCAGCAAUAAAAACUGUCGGUCUCCCUUGCCUCGCCUCGGCCUCCCCUCGUUCAUCCUUAGAACCCUCACAACCAUUUAAGAGACUCUAUUUUUCUCUUUCUCUCUAUUUUUUUUUUUUUUAAUUUUUAUUUUUACGUAGAAGCUCUUGGACAACAGCUCGCGUCCUCCUUCCCGUUUCCACGAUUUUUAAGAGAUGUAUUCCCUUCAGGGAUUCCCUGUCCCCACCAGGAGUUUUUAAACCAAAACAGCCCAACUUGGCAGCUUUUCCGUGGAGGACAGACGGCCGGCCGGCCCCCGAGCACACGGCGGCCCACCCGCUGCGCCCGCCCAGCCUCUCCUCCUGGUCUCCCGCACCCGUGUUUGACAGACUUUGUGAAUCUGUGAACUGCUCUACAGCGAGAAGAUGACCAAUUGGGAAUAAUCAGAAUGACGACCUUCCUUGUUAAGGAUUUUUUUUCCUGAAAAGUUCUUUAUCGCUCCUAUUGCGAAGACCAGAUCCUUGGAGAAUUCGUGGCAUACGGAAGUGGGACAGAUUGGCAGCAGCGCAGCGUCUCCGGGCAUCUUCCACUGCUGCUGCUCUCAGUGCAAGCCCGCGGUGCCGGCCUGUGGGAGGCCCACGUGGCAGUCUCGUGGUAUGUACGGGAGACAGCAGCCGUGGAGCCGCCGCCACCAGCCAGCGGUGGGGGGUGCUUACUUGGG